GAGGCUCGGGUAGUUACUGUGCUUGCCCGCUCUCGGCCCCCGUGCCCCUCCAUUUCUCUUGCACCCUAGCGCUCCUGACUAGACCAUGCCAAGAGGCUUCCUGGUGAAGCGAACUAAACGGACAGGCGGCUCGUACCGAGUGCGCCUAGCCCAGGGGGUCUUCCCUCUGCUGGGCCCCCAGGUGGCGCCGCCCUUCCUGGAGGAGGCUCCUACCUCCUCCUUGCCAGAUGUGGAGUCCCUCACCCAGGAGGAGCCCGGAAAGGGGCUGACGGCGGAGGCGGCCCGGGAAUUGUCGGGGUCGCCCUGUCGGGUGGCCGGGGUGAGCCCAGGGGCUGGGGGGCGGGAAGGUGCAGAGAGGAGGGCGGAUGGCAGGGAGGGUCCUAGGCCCGGGUCCGGGCCCAGCCCCAGUCCCACGAAGCCAGUGGGCACAGAGCUGCGUCGGGCGUUCCUGGAGCGCUGCCUCAGCUCGCCCGUCUCUGCCGAGUCCUUUCCCGGGGGUGCCGCCGCGGUGGCCGCUUUCUCCUGCUCGGCGCCAGCAGCCGCACCGACCUCAGGGGAGCAGUUCCUGCUGCCGCUCCGGGCACCGUUCCCAGAGCCCGCGCUUCAGCCGGACCCCGCGCCCCUUUCGGCCACCCUGCACGGCCUGAAGCGGGCCGCCGGUGGCGAGCGCCGCGCCAAGAUACCUCCGGGCUGCACUUCGGGAACUGCGGUCGCGGGAAUCAAGAAGCCAAAGGCUAUGAGGAAGUUGAGCUUUGCUGAUGAGGUGACCACGUCCCCUGUUCUGGGCCUGAAGAUCAAGGAAGAGGAGCCCGGGGCGCCGUCCCAGGGCUUGGGGGGCAGCCGCACGCUGCUGGGAGAGUUCAUCUGCCAGUUGUGCAAGGAACAGUACGCAGACCCCUUUGCACUGGCCCAGCAUCGAUGCUCCCGCAUUGUGCGCGUCGAGUACCGCUGCCCUGAGUGCGACAAGGUCUUCAGCUGUCCUGCGAACCUUGCUUCCCAUCGCCGCUGGCACAAGCCACGUCCCGCAGCUGCAAACGCUGCCACAGUCUCCUCUACCGACGGGAAGCCGCCUCCGUCGUCGUCUUCGUCCUCCCCGGAAUCCGGUGCCAUUGCAUCUUUUCUGGCGGAGGGGAAGGAGAAUAGCCGGAUUGAGCGAACUGCGGAUCAGCACCCGCAAGCCAGGGACAGCUCCGGGGCAGAUCAGCACCAGGACAGCGCCCUGCGCCAGGGCCUCCAGGUGCUGAUGCACCCGGAGCCACCGCUGCCACAGGGUCCCUAUACAGAGGGGGUGUUUGGGCGCCGGGUGCCCGUGCCAGGCAGUACCAGUGGUGGCGGGGGACCCGAGAUCUUCGUGUGUCCAUAUUGCCACAAAAAGUUCCGUCGCCAAGCCUAUCUGCGUAAGCACUUGGGCACUCAUGAGGCAGGCUCGGCCCGUACGCUAGCCCCGGGUUUUGGCUCCGAACGCGGUGCUCCACUUGCCUUCGCUUGCCCGUUGUGUGGGGCGCACUUCCCGUCCGCAGAUAUCAGGGAGAAACAUCGGCUGUGGCAUGCUGUCCGCGAGGAGCUGCUUCUGCCCGCUCUGGCAGGGGCUCCUUCCGAAACGCCUGGCCCAGGCGGGGCAUCUGACGGGAGUGCUCAGCAAAUUUUCUCAUGCAAGCACUGCCCGUCCACUUUUUUUAGCUCCCCGGGGCUGACCCGGCACAUCAAUAAGUACCACCCCUCAGAAAGUCGGCAGGUAUUGUUGCUGCAAAUGCCACUGAGGCCCGGCUGCUGAGGGCCAAGAGACCAGGAAGAUUUCAAGGUUGGCCUUGGAGCAAACAGAUCAUGGGAAUUUCUGUGGGGCUUUCUUCAACUUGCAGGUUUACUUUUCUUUCCUACGUUUUGUCACCUAAAAUUCUCCUAGUAGUCUAUGUUCCGCCAGAGGAGCGGACAGUGAAACGUAAAAUCCCUCUCUAGAGCAGGUAUGUAUAUGGUAUAAACCCUCGCAAUCAAAGACUGUCAGCUUUAAAUCCUUCUCACUUUCCCCACUAAAAUAGGAUUUUUUUUUUUUUUUUUGCCUCAAAACUCUGGAGACCCUAACGAAUCCUAUAUGAUUUGUAAUUCCUAUGGAAAGUCGCAGUGAACGCGUGCAUGUCUCAAUAUCUACAAAG